UUUAAAAAAUGUAAUUUAAUUUAGUACAAUGAAAUACUUUAAAAAAUAUAAUAUAAUAAUUAUAAAUACAUAAUAAAAUACUUAUAACGUUCUGUCAAUGUUCGUAAGGCCAAUGCGAUGAAAAACAAAACUAUUUUUAAAGUUCAAACUUGACCGGCGAGUACGGCCGAUGCGAUAACGCAUCGGACGCACUCGCUUUCCAGUUUGGACAUGUCAAAUCAUGUUACGGUUUUGUUUUAUAUUUUAAUCGCAUCAGCAGCAUUUUGUAUAUUGUAUAUUCGUAUAAUUUGUAUCUAACUUUUAUUUCAUCGUGACUCGUGCUCGAUUCUUGACGGCUGACACAACACACAAGCAAAAUUGAAAUUCAGUUGAUUUCUUAAAGUCUACAGUUUGAAAAUGUCAGGAGAAGGGAAUAAACGGCAACGUUUAUCGGGUGCACAAUAUAAAAAAAAACGAAUUGAACGAGAAAAAGAUUCUGCUAAGCAACGGGUUGGUCUUCUUCAAUUUUUAAAACCAAAUCAACAAAUCGAACAUAAUUUGUCUGUGAAUAACUUUACGCUUCAUUCUGAAAAUAUUAGUAAUAACAGUACGAUUUGUGAGAAAAUAAUUGAUAAUGACGUCUCAAAAAGUCAUAUCGAUAAUGAGCAUCAAUCAAAUAAUGUUGAAGAUCCUGAAAAUAUUAAUAAUAACAACACGAUUUGUGAGGAAAUAAUUAAUAAUAAUAUCUCAAAUAAUGUUCAAGAUGAUAUUAAUAUCGUCUCUGAUGAUAGCAUUGACCUUACAUUUUUUAAGGAUCCAUCAAAAUGGCCUGAUCCAUUGAAUAAUGGACAUAGGUUAAUAUUAGUAAAAAAAUUUAAUAACCCAGUUCAGAUUAUUUUAACUCAGUAUCCUAUAAAUGAUGACGGUAGAUCAUUUUCUAGUAAAUACUUUUAUCGAAUUCUAUCAAAUGGUGAAAACAUACAGCGUACUUGGCUUAUGUAUUCAAAAGAUGUUGAUUCAGUAUUUUGUUUCUGUUGUAAAUUGUUUAAAUCUGGUACAUUUUCUCUUGCUACACAUGGUAAUCGAGAUUGGAAAAAUAUAGGAAAUAUUUUCAAAAAUCACGAAAAUUCGCCUUAUCAUAAAAAUGCAUUACUAAAUUGGAAAGAAUUAGAAAUAAGGGUGAAAAUGGGAAAAACUAUAGAUGAUGUUAACCAGGUGAUUAUUAGGGCGGAAACUGAACACUGGAAAGCUGUUAUUAAUCGUAUAAUAUCACUUAUUAAAAUUAUGGCUGGACAAAAUUAAGGAUUCUAUUGACUUUACCUGUAACUGCUGCAACAGCCGAGAGGAGUUUCUCAAAACUUAAAAUAUUAAAAAAUUAUUUGCGAACAAAUAUAUCUCAAGACCAAUUAGUAGGAUUAGCCACUCUAUCUAUUGAAAGUGAAAUUGCUGAAGAAUUAGACAUGGAUGAACUUAUACAGAGCUUUGCUUCACUAAAAGCAAGAAAAGUCAAUUUUAAAUAAAAUUAAGUUUGUUUUAUUUUAUUUUAUCAAUAUUAUUAUUAUAAUUUUUAUUUCU